AUGGCUAAGACUGAAGACAAAUGUUUCAUGGCGGAAAAAUUGUAUGACAUCAUGAAAUGCAGAGACCAUGCAUAUUUCACGUUCUUAGAUGUUCAUCUACGACAAGUUACUAAAGUAAAUUGCCUUUUUCAAAGUGAUAAUGUCGAUCCAGCGAAACUGUUAGAAGACUUGUUUUUGCUAUUCAAAAAUAUCCUGCAAAUUAUUGUCAUACCUCGGAAGCUUGAAACUGUUACUGAUGGCGAAUAUGCAUCAUUUGGUUUUCAGGAGCAUUUGAUGCAUGUAUCAGCAAUGCAUUUUGGCUACACGGUUGAAGAGGCGCUAUCGAAACUAGACAGACGUGACAAAGAAGACGUACGUGAGAGAUGCAAAACCUUUCUUGUUAUUUUGUGUUCCAAAUUACAGAAAAGGUUGCCAAAACAGAUCACAUUCCUUAAAGCCAUGGUGAAGUUGUCUCCAGAAAUAGCCACUUCUCAAGUGAAACCUACAUUAGUUGACAUAUUACAAAAUGUUCAAAGGGCUGAACUAUAUGGUUGUAAACAAGAGGUAGAAAUGGAAUGGAAUAAUUUGCAAAACAAAUCUUGGAAGAAUACGACGCGUUGUACUGAUUUUUGGGCUGAGGUUCAGGGGGACACAGACGCUGGGGGUAAUAAAAGAUCCCCUAAUGUCUCUAAAUUAGCAUUGUCUCUUUUGUCGGCACCUAUAUCUAAUGCAGCCGUAGAAAGGGCCUUUUCUCUAUACUCAGUCGUCAAAACAAAGCUUAGGAAUAGGCUAUCCCUGCCUAUUAUACAGAGUAUAAUGACUGUAAGAUACAAUUUAAACAUAUUUCACAAAUCUUGUGUUAACUUCACUCCUUCAAAAACAAUGUUGGACAAAUUUAAUAAUAGCAUGUAUGACAAAAAAGAUAGUGAUGCAGAGGAUACUUUUAUUGUAGUAAUUGUUUUAUUUGUAAAGAAGGAAAAGGCAAGGAUAUUUUUAGGGUAUUUUUUUAAAUAA